AUGGUGUCCAACUUCCAAGCGCUUGCUUUUUACUGCUGCACACUUAAACAUUGCUUCUCAGUGAUGGCACAUGCCCUCCGCCACGCUGAUCUCAAGCGUCGGGUGCUGGUGUGGGAAAGAAAACGAGGUUUCCAGCAUCCAUGUCCAGACCUGAACAUGCAGUGCAACGCCACUGGUGGAUACUGCAACGACAGGUGCAAGUCUGACGAAGUGGCUCUGUCGGGGCUCUGCAGAUACGACAACUGCUCCUGCUGUGUCAAGGAUCCGUGUCCAGAUCUGAACAUGCAGUGCAACGCCACUGGUGGAUAUUGCAACGACAGGUGCAAGUCUGACGAAGUGGCUCUGUCGGGGCUCUGCAGAUACGACAACUGCUCCUGCUGUGUCAAGGAUCCGUGUCCAGAUCUCAACAUGCAGUGCAACACUACUGGUGGACAUUGCAGCCACGAGUGCAAGUCUGACGAAGUGGCUCUGUCGGGGCUCUGCAGAUACGACAACUGCUCCUGCUGUGUCAAGGAUCCGUGUCCAGAUCUCAACAUGCAGUGCAACACUACUGGUGGACAUUGCAGCCACGAGUGCAAGUCUGACGAAGUGGCUCUGUCGGGGCUCUGCAGAUACGACAACUGCUCCUGCUGUGUCAAGGAUCCGUGUCCAGAUCUGAACAUGCAGUGCAACGCCACUGGUGGACAUUGCAGCCACGAGUGCAAGUCUGACGAAGUGGCUCUGUCGGGGCUCUGCAGAUACGACAACUGCUCCUGCUGUGUCAAGGAUACAGAACCUUGUCCAGAUUUAGAGCAACAGUGUCUCUCCAGACAUGGAUACUGUAACCAUACGUGCCUGCCUGACGAAGUGGCUCUGUCAGGGUUCUGUAAAUACGACAACUGCUCCUGCUGUGUCAAGGGAACAACAGCUCCGUGUCCUGAUCUGAACAUGCAGUGCAACACUACCGGUGGAUACUGUAAUCACGAGUGCAAUUCUGGCGAAGUGGCUGUGGCGGGGCUCUGCGCAUUCGAAAACUGCUCCUGCUGUGUUAAGGAUACAGAACCUUGUCCAGAUUUGGAGCAACAGUGUGCCUCCAGACACGGAUACUGUAACCCUGAGUGCAUGUCUGACGAAGAAGCUGUAUCGGGGCUCUGCAAAUACGACAACUGUUCCUGCUGCGUCAAGGCAUCAACAGAUCCAUGUCCGGAUCUGAACAUGCAAUGCAACACUACCGGUGGAUACUGUAAUCACGAGUGCAAGUCUGGCGAAGUGGCUGUGGCGGGGCUCUGCGCAUUCGAAAACUGCUCCUGCUGUGUUAAGGAUACAGAACCUUGUCCAGACUUGGAGCAACAGUGUGCCUCCAGACACGGAUACUGUAACCCUGAGUGCAUGUCUGACGAAGAAGCUGUAUCGGGGCUCUGCAAAUACGACAACUGCUCCUGCUGCGUCAAGGAUCCGUGUCCAGAUCUCAACAUGCAGUGCAACACUACUGGUGGAUAUUGCAACGACAGGUGCAAGUCUGACGAAGUGGCUCUGUCGGGGCUCUGCAGAUACGACAACUGCUCCUGCUGUGUCAAGGAUACAGAACCUUGUCCAGAUUUAGAGCAACAGUGUCUCUCCAGACAUGGAUACUGUAACCAUAAGUGCCUGCCUGACGAAGUGGCUCUGUCAGGGUUCUGUAAAUACGACAACUGCUCCUGCUGUGUCAAGGGAACAACAGCUCCGUGUCCUGAUCUGAACAUGCAGUGCAACACUACCGGUGGAUACUGUAAUCACGAGUGCAAUUCUGGCGAAGUGGCUGUGGCGGGGCUCUGCGCAUUCGAAAACUGCUCCUGCUGUGUUAAGGAUACAGAACCCUGUCCAGAUUUGGAGCAACAGUGUGCCUCCAGACACGGAUACUGUAACCCUGAGUGCAUGUCUGACGAAGAAGCUGUAUCGGGGCUCUGCAAAUACGACAACUGCUCCUGCUGCGUCAAGGCAUCAACAGAUCCAUGUCCGGAUCUGAACAUGCAAUGCAACACUACCGGUGGAUACUGUAAUCACGAGUGCAAGUCUGGCGAAGUGGCUGUGGCGGGGCUCUGCGCAUUCGAAAACUGCUCCUGCUGUGUUAAGGAUACAGAACCCUGUCCAGAUUUGGAGCAACAGUGUGCCUCCAGACACGGAUACUGUAACCCUGAGUGCAUGUCUGACGAAGAAGCUGUAUCGGGGCUCUGCAAAUACGAUAACUGCUCCUUGCUGCGUCAAGGCAUUUAUCUAUAUGAGCUUUUUAUUGUCCUUAUUGUUGAUACGGUCGUUAUCCCAGCGUCAGCAGAUCCCUGUCCAGAUCUGAACAUGCAGUGCAACACUACUGGUGGAUACUGUAAUCACGAGUGCAAGUCUGGCGAAGUGGCUGUGGCGGGGCUCUGCGCAUUCGAAAACUGCUCCUGCUGUGUUAAGGAUACAGAACCCUGUCCAGAUUUGGAGCAACAGUGUGCCUCCAGACACGGAUACUGUAACCCUGAGUGCAUGUCUGACGAAGAAGCUGUAUCGGGGCUCUGCAAAUACGAUAACUGCUCUUGCUGCGUCAAGGCGUCAGCAGAUCCCUGUCCAGAUCUGAACAUGCAGUGCAACACUACCGGUGGAUACUGUAAUCACGAGUGCAAGUCUGGCGAAGUGGCUGUGGCGGGGCUCUGCGCAUUCGAAAACUGCUCCUGCUGUGUUAAGGAUACAGAACCCUGUCCAGAUUUGGAGCAACAGUGUGCCUCCAGACACGGAUACUGUAAUCCUGAGUGCAUGUCUGACGAAGAAGCUGUAUCGGGGCUCUGCAAAUACGAUAACUGCUCCUGCUGCGUCAAGGGUAGGCUAUUUUCAAUCCUUCUAGCAUUCGUACUUGGAAAAGUUCUAAGUAAAUAG